GAAUUCGAGGAGUACAUGUAGCUGGGUCCAUGCUCUCUGGUGCACGGGCCCCUACAUGGGCUUUUUUUCCAGCCUCCUCAGUAUUGGAAAUUUCUGUACUUGAGGAAAGUUUUCUUGCACUCAAGUUCUAGAUUACUACACCCACUUUCACACAAUCCCCAACACUAUCACCACGAACGCAAACAGAAACACAAGGUCAAGGACGCAGAAAGUAACAUCAUGGCUACUCAGGUCACCGCCCUUCCGCAAACACACGGUGGUCACGCCGAGGCACUUCAGCAAAUCUUCGACAUCUGCGACGAUGUCAGCGCGAGGUUGAAUACGCCCGACCAACACCUUCCUGUGGAAGUUCCAAGUAGCAUUCUGCCAGACAGCGCGCUCUUCGAAGUACUCAAGGCACGCUUGGAGUCAAUGACGGGCAUGCGCUUCACUCUGUACACAAGCGGCGCUGAAGGUACUUGGUUCUUUCCUGCCGCUGCGCCCAUGUCUUCUGAGCCACCAGCGAACUCGGUCGACAACGCAGUCGGCCUGACUGGUGGAGCGCAAUCACUCUCUGCAAGCACACCAGGCACCGGCGAUGUCGCAUCGACGAACAAGAAGAUCCCACGUCCAAUGAACGCUUUCAUGAUCUACCGUCUCCGCCACCACUCGAUCGUUGCAGGAGAGAAUCCUGGCAUGCACAACAAUGACAUCUGUGCGUACUCCACUUUAUAACCAGCUUAACAGCAGUGCUGAC